CUUCCCAACCCCCUUCGCUUCCCGCGCUCUCCGGCGGGGGCCUAGCCCCGGCCUCCUCUCUCCCUCCCUUCCCCCUAAUUCCCCUUCCGGACGCUGCCAUCAUGUUGAAGCCUCAGCCGCCACAACAGACGUCCCAGCCCCAGCAGCCGCCCCCCACGCAACAGGCCGUGGCCCGCCGGCCUCCCGGGGGCACCAGCCCUCCCAACGGUGGCCUCCCGGGCCCCCUGGCCUCCACCUCGGCUCCCCCAGGGCCUCCCGCUGCCGCUUCCCCCUGCCUGGGGCCUGCAUCUGCUGCCGGGAGCGGGCUCCGCCGGGGAGCCGAGGGCAUCUUGGCGGCGCCGCCGCCGCAGCCACAGCAGCAGCAACACCAGGAGAGGCCAGGGGCAGCGGCCAUCGGCAGCGCCAGGGGACAAAGCACAGGAAAGGGACCCCCACAGUCACCGGUAUUUGAGGGUGUCUACAACAAUUCCAGAAUGCUGCAUUUCCUUACAGCUGUUGUGGGCUCCACUUGUGAUGUAAAGGUUAAGAAUGGUACCACCUAUGAAGGUAUCUUCAAGACACUGAGUUCAAAGUUUGAACUGGCAGUAGACGCUGUGCACAGGAAAGCAUCUGAGCCAGUAGGUGGCCCUCGUCGGGAAGACAUUGUGGACACCAUGGUGUUUAAGCCAAGUGAUGUCAUGCUUGUCCAUUUCCGAAAUGUUGACUUCAAUUAUGCCACUAAAGACAAGUUCACUGAUUCUGCCAUUGCCAUGAAUUCGAAGGUGAAUGGGGAACACAAAGAGAAGGUGCUUCAGCGCUGGGAGGGCGGUGACAGCAACAGUGAUGACUACGACCUAGAGUCUGACAUGUCCAAUGGAUGGGACCCCAAUGAAAUGUUCAAGUUCAAUGAGGAGAACUAUGGUGUAAAGACCACGUAUGAUAGCAGCCUCUCGUCUUACACGGUGCCCUUAGAGAAGGACAACUCAGAAGAGUUUCGUCAGCGAGAGCUGCGUGCAGCCCAACUGGCUCGGGAGAUUGAAUCGAGCCCCCAGUACCGCCUGCGGAUUGCCAUGGAGAAUGAUGAUGGACGCACUGAGGAAGAGAAGCACAGUGCCGUCCAGCGGCAGGGUUCAGGACGGGAGAGCCCCAGCUUGGCAUCUAGGGAAGGAAAGUAUAUCCCUCUACCCCAGCGAGUUCGGGAAGGUCCCCGGGGAGGAGUUCGAUGCAGUAGUUCUCGGGGUGGCCGACCUGGCCUUAGCUCUUUGCCACCCCGUGGCCCUCACCAUCUUGACAAUAGCAGCCCUGGCCCAGGUUCUGAGACACGUGGUAUUAAUGGAGGCCCUUCCCGCAUGUCCCCUAAGGCACAGCGGCCUGUGAGAGGUGCCAAGACUCUGUCUUCACCCAGCAGUAGGCCUUCUGGAGAAGCUUCUGUUCCAUCUCCUCCUGCAGCUUUCCCUUUUCUUCCAGUGGGUCGGAUGUACCCCCCGCGCUCUCCCAAGUCGGCUGCCCCUGCCCCAGUCUCAGCUUCCUGUCCUGAGCCUCCCAUUGGCUCGGCAGUACCGACCUCCUCAGCUUCCAUCCCUGUGACUUCAGUUGUGGACCCUGGAGUAGGCUCCAUUUCUCCAGCUUCUCCAAAGGUCUCACUGGCCCCCACAGAUGGAAAAGAACCUGUGACCAAGGAACCUGGAAGAACUCUGGAAUCCCAGGAGCUGUCCCGGAUAUCUGGGAAAGUCCCUGGCCUUCAGAAUGAACAGAAACGCUUUCAGCUAGAAGAACUGAGGAAGUUUGGGGCCCAGUUUAAGCUUCAGCCCAGUAGCUCUCCUGAGACCAGUCUGGACCCUUUUCCUCCCCGGAUCUUAAAGGAGGAGGCCAAAGGGAAGGAGAAGGAGGUUGAUGGUCUACUGACUUCAGAGCCCAUGGCGUCCCCAGUCUCCAAGGCAGAGUCCAUAUUGGAUAAGGAGGACAAACCGCCCCUGCCACCCGCAGGAGGCACUGAGGGGCUGGAUCAGCCUCCACCACCCUGCCCAAGCCAAACUGGCAGCCCCCCAGUGGGCCUCAUCAAGGGAGAUGACAAGGAUGAGGGCCCUGUUACCGAACAAGUGAAGAAGUCAACGUUGAACCCCAAUGCCAAGGAGUUCAAUCCAGCAAAGCCUCUGUUGUCUGUGAAUAAAUCCACCAGUACUCCAACUUCUCCGGGGCCUCGGACUCAUUCUACUCCCUCCAUCCCGGUGCUGACAGCAGGCCAGAGUGGGCUAUAUAGCCCUCAGUACAUUUCCUACAUACCUCAGAUCCACAUGGGACCAGCUGUUCAGGCACCUCAGAUGUAUCCAUAUCCUGUAUCCAACUCAGUGCCUGGACAGCAGGGCAAGUACCGGGGAGCAAAAGGCUCCCUGCCUCCCCAGCGCUCGGACCAACACCAGCCAGCCUCCGCCCCUCCGAUGAUGCAGGCUGCCACUGCUGCUGGCCCACCUCUGGUGGCUGCCACACCUUACUCUUCCUACAUCCCCUACAACCCACAGCAGUUCCCAGGCCAGCCCGCCAUGAUGCAGCCCAUGGCCCACUAUCCCUCACAGCCCGUGUUUGCCCCCAUGCUUCAAAGCAACCCACGCAUGCUGACAUCGGGGAGCCAUCCCCAGGCCAUUGUGUCGUCCUCUACCCCUCAAUACCCUUCAGCAGAGCAGCCCACCCCCCAAGCCCUUUAUGCCACUGUUCACCAGUCCUAUCCACACCAUGCCACGCAGCUCCAUGCCCACCAGCCGCAGCCGGCCACCACGCCUACUGGGAGCCAGCCACAGUCCCAGCAUGCGGCCCCCAGUCCUGUCCAGCACCAGGCGGGGCAGGCCCCACACCUGGGCAGUGGACAGCCACAGCAGAAUCUGUACCACCCAGGGGCCCUGACAGGCACGCCGCCUUCUCUGCCACCGGGACCUUCUGCCCAGUCCCCUCAGAGCAGCUUCCCCCAACCAGCCGCUGUGUAUGCCAUCCAUGCCCACCAGCAGCUUCCCCACGGCUUCACCAAUAUGGCCCAUGUUACCCAGGCCCAUGUCCAAACUGGAAUCACAGCAGCCCCGCCCCCUCACCCUGGGGCUCCCCACCCGCCCCAGGUGAUGCUGCUGCACCCACCCCAGAGCCAUGGGGGGCCCCCCCAAGGCGCGGUGCCCCAGAGUGGGGUGCCUGCACUCUCAGCUUCCACACCCUCACCCUACCCCUACAUCGGACACCCCCAAGGUGAGCAGCCUGGCCAGGCGCCUGGAUUUCCAGGAGGAGCCGAUGACAGGAUUCUAUGUAGGGUGGGCAGAAGCCACAGUCGCCGCCGCCAGGGGCUUGCUCCUGGCUCUGUCCUUUGCUUCCCUCCGUCCUCGCUCAGUUGUGAUCCAGCAGCCCCCCUCCCCACUGCCUCCCCAGCUCUCAGUGACCCCGACUGUCUCCUGACUUAGCCGAGUUCAAUCUCAUCCCUCCCAGCAGCUCCCCUUCCACCCCCCGGGGAACUGAAGAUUGUCCUGGCCGCGACCUGAGACCUCCAUGAGUGGAGGGAAGAGUGAUCUAUGUCUCUUCCCCCAGCAGCUCGGACCAGUCCCAGCCCUCCAAUCCCCCCUUUCCCCCGGGGGAGCUGGGGAAUUCCUGCCAAGCACCUUGAAUGGGAGAGGCCUCAAAGUGGGUGGGCCAGGGUCCAGUGGGGGUGGGGGGGGUUCCUGCUCUGCCCCUGCCCAUCCCCACCCCAUCUUGCCCUCCCAUCCUCUUAACCCCCUCUGGAGACGGAAGAUCUUUUAUUUUCUAUUAUUUAUAAUGUCAGACUUGGGCCCCCUGUUCUUUCUUCCCAAUUAACUUGAGUGACCUGCGUGAGAGACACAUGCCCCACGAGGAUGGUUGGACAAGGACUUUUACUUUUUAUUACAUAAAAAUAUUAAAAAAAUUUUAAAAAAAUAAAAUUUUAAACUAACUUAA